CCCGCCCUCUCCCUCCCGCUCCGCUCACUAACAGAACCGGCUGCAGCGAGUUCAGUACUCCAGGGUACAAUGAGGACAAGAAAGCACCAGAGCCCAGUAGAGUCUGCUUGGGUGGAAAAGAAUGAAGAUACUUCCAGGGCAACUUGUGAGCUCCAGCCUGGGCAUACGGCUCCUAGCAAAGAGGCAUCAAAUGGCUGCAACCAGUACGACUCUGGUGAAAAUUCUCCCAACGUCGACCAAAAAAAAACUAAUGGGAAAAAGCAGAAGAGGCGAAAAAGGUCGCCCAGGAACAAAGGACUGCUGCCAAAGGUGGAUUGCAUGCUGUCUGGACUGAUGGCUGAUAAAGUCUGGUUUGAUAAGUAUUUGUAUGAAGAAGCUGAAUAUGCAUACCAUGCCAUGCUUGCUAAAGCCCUGCAUACCAAGCCAUCAGAUCCAGAGAGUGCUUGCCAAGAUUCAUCCAGUCCGGCCUUGAGGAACUGCAGCCAUAGCAGCCGGAGCGCUUGCCACCAUGUAGAUAAUGGCAUUUGGAUCAAUAAGUUCAGCUUUGAUGAUGCAGAAAGACAGUUUGUCUUGCAGUUUGUGUCGCCGCUUGCUCCACGCCCCCUUGUCCUUUCUCUAGAAUCUCCUAAAACAGACGUUACUGGGGUCAUGCACAGGGCGUCCGAUGAGGGUUAUGUGAGUGCCACCCCGACUCCAGCUGCUCCGGAUUUGCAGGUUUUUGGGGCACCGGCAUCUCCUACGGGAACCACGGUGAAUGGGAAGCCGCAGUGGGCUGGUCUGCAAGAUCUGCUAUCUGAUGUAUGGCUGGAGAAGCCGUCAUUCGACCAAGCAGAAAAAAUAUUUUAUGAAAAUAUUGCCAGCAAACAGUCUGCACUAAAGACAGAUUCUAAUCAGUACUGGAGCUUUCAUUCAGGGAAAAAAAACAAGCGGGAUAAAUGGAAUAGAAAGUCAGCUGGAAAGCAGCCACAGCCAACCUCCAAAAAGCGAGAUCUGGCUAGUAUCCCUGAGGAAAGUAGUGGGCUGCUUCAAAACCCUGUGUACUAUUUCCUUCACCAAGACAGUGAGAGUGUGUGGCUUAAUAAGCCCGCUUAUGAUCAGGCCGAAGAACGGUUCUAUGUGGCUCAGAGCCUGAAUAUCCAGCAGGCUGUGAAUGCCAAGAAACCCACUGUAGCCAAAGUCCCAAAGGUGGCAAAAAAGUGCAAGCGCCGUGCUGUCCUUCCUCACAAAAAAACAAUGGCAACUUCGUGCCUAACAACGGAAAAAAUCUGGUUUGACAGAUUCAAGUAUGAAGAUGCUGAGAGACAGUAUUAUGAAAAUCUAAGCAAGAAUCUGGCAGAAAACUCUCCAAACUCUCCAAACACUCCGAACCAGCAACAGGAGGAUGGAUCGAGCACAAUCCUCCGCGACAUUGCCAGAGCCAGGGAGAAUAUCCAGAAAUCGCUGUCCGGACUCAGGGAUGUCCUGCAUAGCCCAAAAGAAGCCUCGCCUUCCCUGCCCCAGAGCCAAUCAGGGUCCCAUACUAGCACGGCUGCAGCACCCGCAAGCGGUGGAGACAACAGUGAGCUCCUGUCUCGGGUUUCUACCUUGGAACACGAGAAUCAGAACCUGCAUAAAGUGGUGAAAGAUCUGCUGCUUGCUAUCUCUGAGUUGGAGAACCGGGUCGAUACACUGGAGAAGUCUGCUACCUCAGAUCAGCCCAGACCUGCACCUUUUGUCUGCAAGCUCCCUGCCCCAGUAGAGGUUAAAGUUGCCCCUGUUGCUGAAGCCCCAAAAAAGAAAGAGGAAGAUGAAGAUGAUGAUGAUAUUGACCUCUUUGGAAGUGACGAAGAGGAAGAUGCAGAAGCCGUCAAGGUCAAAGAGGAAAGGUUACGUCAGUAUGCGGAGAAGAAAUCUAAGAAGCCUGGAAUCAUUGCAAAGUCCUCAAUCUUGCUGGAUGUCAAACCGUGGGAUGAUGAGACAGACAUGGCAAAGCUGGAGGAGUGUGUGAGGUCUGUUCAGAUGGACGGCCUGUUGUGGGGUUCCUCCAAAUUAGUCCCAGUUGGUUAUGGCAUAAAGAAGCUUCAGAUCCAGUGUGUGGUGGAAGAUGACAAGGUUGGAACUGAUAUACUCGAGGAGGAGAUCACCAAGUUCGAGGACUAUGUUCAGAGUGUGGACAUCGCUGCUUUCAACAAAAUCUAAAGACUAAA